AUGGCUCCGCCGGCUCCCCUCCACCCUCCCUCCCCUUCCGGAUCGACCGAACGAUUGGCUGAAGAGCUAGCCCCAACUAUUGACCAGCUCAAGAGUGUCGGUGCAGGCACCGCGAUCACUCUGUCACAGGCCCUGUCGACGACCGAAUCUCUUCUUCGCCUGCGCCACACCUUCAUAGAUGAUGCACGUCCACGCACCGCCAAGGAUGCAUUCCGGUAUCUCCAGGGCUUUCAAACCCUGCUGAAGCUGGCAGACCAGGUAGCCGAGCUAUACGAUCCGGCACAACAAUCCAAGGAGGAACGAAAAGGCCUACUGGGUAUCUUCAAAGAUGUCCUCGGUGUAUUGGCAGAGGGCCUCAAGGACCAUUUUGGCAACAAGCGAUAUUUUGCUCGGAAGAUAGAUGGGGGAGGUCUUGCCGCACUGGAACGAAUUUUGACCGCGCUGGUCAAGAAGAUAGACACGAUUAAGUGUGACGCGCAACAUCUCUAUGGCGCCAUUUUGGCUGCAGCUCUAUGCCAGGAGACAGUGUCAGGUAUUUUUGUAACACUGAGCACUAAGUUUCCCCAUGAUAAGGAACCCCCGUCUCCGAAAGAUGUCCAGCAUGCCGUGGAUCAUUGCAUUGGAUCAGCGGAGACGGUGGAAGUGCCGGAACUACUUGGUCCAUUCCUUCGUGUGUGGUUGAUGCACUCCUCUUUUUCAUCUGGAUAUGACAUACUACGCUUGGCCUUGCCUGCAUGCCUCUGUCAAUUGGCCUCGCAAUCUCGGAGGAACGUCGUAGCUUUGCAUGCCACUGAUAUGCUCACCUCAAUCCUACCCCUCUUAUUCGACGGUGGACGAUCAGACAGGGAGAAAGAAAUUUAUCAAGAUCUUGCCCAAUUUCUCAGCGUCCAGGGAAUGAGUAGCUUGGACGAUGCUGUCGCCUUAUACCGUGGAGCCCAUCGAAAUCCGCAAGUUCUUAAAGUCUUACUAUCUGCCCUCAAAUCCUCUAAGGAGCCUCCGUCAAUACAGUUCGAUAUGUCCCGCCAUGGAUACUGUUCAGUGGAGUUUGCAACACUUGCCUGGGCCCGUUUCGACGAAUUCGAUUCCAACACGCACACUACUAUCUUUGGAGCAUUCGAUGCAAGCCAAACAUGUUUCAUCCUUGCCUACCUCGAAAGGGAUACUCGUAACUUUAUUCUUCAAACUUCGAUUCGAGGUUCCCGGCCCAGUGUUCGAUUCAAGUCGGCAAAAUUCGAGCCAAAUCGCUGGUACCAUAUUUGCGUUGUUCAAAAGAGACCGAAGCCAAUGUCUUCCUCCCGUGCAUCUCUUUUCGUAGACGGAGAGUUUGUUGAACAACUGAAGAUCGAAUACCCAUCCGUUCCCAUAAGCCAUCAUUCAAGCAAGUCAUCGCGCGUGCAGGCAUUUUUUGGUACCCCUCAAGACCUGGCGAUGCGUCUCGGAAAAGGCGUGUCCACUUCCCGAUGGUCUCUUGCCAAUGGAAUGCUUUUCGAUGAGGCUUACAGCGAUGACAUGAUAGCUGUUUUCUACAACCUUGGACCUCGGUACUAUGGGAAUUUCCAGGAUUGCUUAGGAUCCUUCCAGACAUACAAGGCCUCUGCGACUCUCAACCUGCGCAAUGAACAUCUUCACCCUGGUAAAGAGGAAGCCUCAGAAAUUGUCACUGCCAUCCGCAGACGGGCGAGUACAUUGGUUCGCGAAAGCUCGAUUUUGAUCAAUGUCUCCUCUGUCGCCGUUCUUGACGACGAUGAUAGUAAUAAUGUGGACGAAUCGCAGUUGAUAAAAUCUCUGUCACGGCAGGCAGCAAAGAGUCUGCACCAGCUAACAAAGUCGGGCGGCAAUGCCGUUGCUGUCAAUGGCGCCACUCCGGCAAUCAAUGACGGCUUAACUCAGCCUCAAGGUGUCGGCAUUCUGACAGGUGAUCCUGUCGUUGCUACACCCAGGGCGAUGGAUGAUGCUAGUUGGUGUGUAGGUGGCUGCGCCGCGGUCCAUUUAAGCUUGAUCAAGGCGGCUAGCACCGCGGGAAGCACUCGGAUGGCUGUGGAGGCUCUAUACGAAGCAGUCCAAGACAACUGGAGAAACAGCGAGGCCAUGGAAAGAGAGAAUGGCUACGGAAUUCUUGCCGCCUUAUUAAGGGAGAAGCUUGGAUUCUGUAUGGGUAAUUCUCCAACAGCGUUCAAGAUCCCCGUGGUUAGCUCUGAUCCCCAGGAGCUGGCUUCCCUAAUGCUUGACCUGCUACGCUUGACUCUCGGUUUUGUUGGCUACGACUUCGAAAACCCCCAAUCGCUCCAUCAUUACAAAUCCGCUCGCCUAUCGUGUGUCAGCAAGAAGUUACUGGAAACUUUGAAGGGUGGCGAGCUGACCGAAGAAUCUCUCCAACCUUGCCUAUCGGCAUUCCGCUCAUUGAUGGAAAGCAAUCCCACUCCCGACCUUCUUCGAUCACUAGCGUUGUCCAUCACAUAUGCACUCCAUAAGCCAAAGACUUCAACAAACCUACAGAGAAAGAAGAGCCUUCGGUACUUGGCUGCAUCUCCUCGACCUGGAUCUGCAAAAUCAGAAAGCAAAUAUCUUCCUAAUGUGACUUUAAGCAUCGAAAUGCUACGGCUGUACACUUCCGUAUUGUGUAACCCACAUGACCCUACGCCAUUGAAGAAAUUCGCCAAGGCUGUCACGAACAAGUGGCUUCUUUAUCUCAUGUGCGAAGAUGAGCCUGAGAUUGUGGUACUCGCAACAAAGAUCUUGGCCCGCUUAGUCGUGGUCAUUGGCAGUGGAUACAGCAAGAAGUUCGCGGAGAAGAGUGGUGGAUACAUCAUUUUAGAACAUCGUCUAAAGAGCUGGUGGGAUAUCCCCGCAUUGUGGCCUAUCUGCUUUUCUAUCCUUUUCGGUGUUGAUCAUGCUUUGCUCAAUGUCGACGAACCAUUCCACCCGUACGAGCUUCUGAGAGCUUUAUUGGCCGAAGGCGAUUUAAAGGUCGUCUUCCCAGAUAUGCUACCAGUAAUUAUGAAUAUGUUAAAGUGCGGUGUGCGCAAUCUGACUACAACUAAUGCCCAAGAAAACGCUCAAGGCUCUUUGGAAGAGCGUGUCUCCAAACUCGACGCACCGAAAAUGAACUCUCUCAGGCUUCCUGAUGCUACUUCCCCAGACCGGAAUAUCCAUGAGUUUGCUCUUAUCAAUUCGGUUGUUCGAUUUUUAGAAACAGCACGCGCCAGAUCACCAAGCUUCCAGGAUUUCACCGCACAAUCUACUUACGUGCAGGAGCUACUUUCUGUGCUCUAUCCUGUUGUUGUUGGUGCUGAUACUGUCAGCCCCAACACAGAACUGAACUUCCGGCACAGCGGACUCAGCUUCGAUGACAGCAACCUAGUACUACGACCACGCUCGAGUACUAAUAAUGCAUCGACAGCCUUGCAGACCACCAUUGUUGACUCCUUGAGCGGCCCCGAGGAAAGCACCGGUUCUUUGAGACGUGGCUCAUCCUUUAUCUUGGUCUCUCCUGAUAAAUCCAAGUAUCAGCCCUCUUCUGCGCGGAUACGGCGGUUCAUAAACCCAACUUUUAUUGCAAGUAAAGCCGCCACUGAUCAUCCCAUUGUCAAGGUAGUCUUCAGGCUCGUUUUGGCUGUCUUCGAGGAUCAGCUUCUAGAGCGCAAAGACUUUUCCGGCCUUGGUCUCUAUCUGAAGACCCCACCGGGCUUUCUGGAACACCAGGCGUACUUCAAUUCUUGGGUUUUUGGUAGUGUGCUUUCGGCAUUGCAAGAUAUCCCUGUGGUCCGACCAGGUCUGCUUCAUGAAACCCGGACACUUACGAACCUCGGGCGCUUUGCGACACAUUUGACAGAGGCAGUAUACGAAGGCUGGUUUACCAACGGGGCAGCAUCCACUCUUGAAUUCAUUGGUACAAUUCUGGAGUAUCUCCAGCGCCCGGACAUAUCUCAAUUGAAAAGCAUUCGUUUGUGUAGCCAGGCUAUCACAACGAUUCGCUCGACUUUGUACAAAGUUAUCUUAUUCCAGUUGUCAGAAGCAGAUGAUGCCGAAACCGUGACAUUGCUAAAUCGAUUGAAUUACUGGCAGGUGGUCCUUCUCUCGGCGGCUGAAACCCAAUCAAAAAAUUUACAUCUGCUAUGCUACCUGCUCUACACCAAGCUGGUCAGCACGAAUGGUGAAGUUCGCUCAGCUGCUACCCGCUUAUGGAGAAUCAUACUAGUACAGGCGCCGAAUGAGGUCACAACACUACUUAGCCAUGGAUCAGUCUCUCUCCAGCGCCGGUUAGCUGAUGGGUUCGAUGCUCUUUCGGGAAUGGAAGACGAAGCAUUCCUGCAAUGGAUCGAUGACCAGCGUGACGAUCUGGAUGCCCUGUUCUUCGGUGUAUUUUCUCGAUCAUGGGAUGUUUUCAUCCACGAGGAGAAUGCAAGCACCGAGGAGUCCGUCAAGUCUCGAAUAUCUAAACGUAAAGAGAAACUCAGACAAUGGGCUCAGAUCGAUAAAUUUGACGAAGACAUGACGCGAAAGCACGAGGCGACUUUGCCGCAUUGGAUCUCGAACAUCGCAGCGUCCGAGUUUUUGAAGUCUCAAAGAUUCUUGCAGGAUCUUCAGGAUAGCUCUACCUUCAUGUGGUCAGCUUUCUCCGACUUACUGCUUGACUUGCGACGACCAGGUGGUCUCCUCGCAGAAGAAAAGGAGAGGAGGUGGUGGCUAGACCAGACUGAAGGUCGCAGCCGUAUGCGACUACGUCUGGUUCCAGAUGAGUCGGGUGAUCGACAAGACUAUCAGCCCAAGCGUAAGGCCUCCGAGCCCCCGGGAAUCAAAAUCGACACUCGGAUACGUGCACUCUCGGAGGGUGAGACUCUGACAGCGCCUCAACCUCUCACAGGGGAACUGGAGAAUGUGGGAAGCGAAUCGCCGAACGGCGAUGCCGACAACCGGAGUCUUAUGGAAGAUAACUUUGAGAUGAUUGACGACCCCAAAAUUGAGCUCGAAGACUAUGAAGAUAGAAACCGGAAGGUGAUGCGGUCUCUUCAACGUGGCGAUCAAGUUCAAAGCGUGUGUAACCUCUCUCGGAUCAUUGGUCUAGAAGCAGUGGAGGGUAUUUCAAUUCUUGGCAAGGACUGCAUCUAUAUCCUUGACAAUUUCUUCCAAAGAGCAGAUGGCGAGAUCGUGAACGUCUGGCAAGCCCCCAAUGAGGAACGAGAUCCCUAUGUGCGCAUGAUUUCUGGUCGCGAAUCAAAUGACGCACGUUCGCAGGAGCAUGAGACAAGGAGCUGGAAAUGGUCUGACUUGGUCAGCGUUUCCAAGCGUCGCUUCCUGUUCCGCGAUGUCGCCCUCGAAAUAUUCUUCACAGAUGGCACUAGCUAUUUGUUGACAUUGCUCUCGGCACGAGCUCGAGACGACCUGUACAACCAACUAGCCAUCAAGGCACCACAGGUCACGGGAAGUGCCGGACACUCACGACCAGAAGACAUCUGGCGAUUUGAAACCCUUCGCAGUCAAGAUGAUGCACCCCAGUCCCUCGGCUCUAAAUUUGCUAGUGUCUUCGGUCACCUUCCAGCGAACCCAGCAACGCGCAAAUGGGUCAAGGGUGAAAUUUCCAACUUUCAUUAUCUAAUGUUGAUCAACACCUUUGCUGGGCGUACCUUCAACGACCUAACUCAGUACCCCGUUUUCCCGUGGGUUCUAGCAGACUACACAAGCGAGGAACUCGACCUGAACAACCCGGCCACAUUCCGGGACCUCUCGAAGCCCAUGGGUUGCCAAACGCCCGAACGAGAAAUGGGUUUCCGUGAGCGAUAUAAUGCUUUUGCGGAAAUGGGGGACGACAAUUCUCCACCUUUCCAUUAUGGAACGCAUUACUCUUCUGCCAUGAUUGUCACCUCCUACCUCAUCCGUCUGCAACCAUUUGUCAAGUCAUAUCUUUUACUCCAGGGCGGCUCCUUUGAUCAUGCCGAUCGCCUCUUUUAUUCAAUCCGCAAGACAUGGGAGUCGGCAUCCCGAGGAAACAUGACUGAUGUUCGAGAACUUACACCUGAGUUCUUCUAUCUUCCGGAAUUCCUUGUGAACUCAAACCAUUAUGAUUUUGGCCUUCUCCAAAACAUGACCACAGCCAUUGACUCGGUUGAGUUGCCACCUUGGGCCAAAGGCGAUCCCAAGAUCUUCAUUGCGAAGCAUCGGGAGGCGCUGGAGAGUCCAUAUGUUUCCGAGAACCUGCAUCACUGGAUUGAUCUUGUCUUUGGCAGCAAGCAAAAGGGCGAGGCGGCUGUCGAGGCCGUCAAUGUCUUCCACCACCUCUCAUAUAAAGGUGCUAAAGACUUAGAUGCCAUUGAUGACCCAAUGGAGCGAUUAGCCACCAUCGGCAUUAUUCACAACUUUGGACAAACUCCGCAUCAAAUCUUCCAACGACCUCAUCCACAAAGAGAAGAUCAACGGCACCGCAUACCCCGGCUGGACACUCUCGCAGAAUCCCUGACCCAGAUGCCUCUGUCUCUGCUCAAUAUUGAAGAACGAGUAGCCACGCUAUCGAUGAAGCAAGACCGUUUGCUGUGUACCGCGGCUCUGAGGCUCAAUGUGCCGCCAGCUUAUGAUUAUUACAUGGAAUGGGGAUUCUUCGAUGGCAGUGUCCGCUUCUAUGCCGCCGAUACUCGCAAGCUACUGGGCCACUUUGAGCAUCUUCAUAUUGGUCAGUUAUCUCAUGCCACCUUUGCGGAUUCCCGCACCCUAGUCACAUGCGGUACGGACUGUACCAUCUCAUUAUGGACCGUCACUGCAACAUCCAAGUCUGUUGACUUGCAGCCCAUUGGUUCACUAUUUGGCCACCGAGCCCCAGUCACUGUCCUUGCCGUCUCUCGCUCGUUCAGCGCUUUAUUGUCUGCCUCCAAUGAUGGACAGAUUAUGCUAUGGGACCUGAAUCGGCGAUCAUUCGUGCGAGCCCUUCCCGCCGAUGGUGUAGUCGAUUGUGCUCGAAUCAACGAUGUUUCUGGGGACAUUAUGGUUUGUCGCGGCAACCGCUUGACAUUAUAUACCCUCAAUGGCGUAGUAUUGGUUGACCAACCAGUCUGCGAGUCGAGCGACGAUCGCGUCUUGUCCUGCGUCUUCUACGAGGGGGUGCAGAAUGAAUGGCUGGAGCGUGAACUGGUGUUGACAGGUCAUACUCGUGGCGUAGUUAACAUCUGGAGCAAGCAUAUACGCGGUGACCGCUUUGAACUAGAGUUGAUCCGACAGCUGCAUCAUACUGACAGCAGUCGCGACAAUGGUGCCAAUAUCAACGCCGGUAUCAGUUGUAUCUUGGCUCUCCCCCACGUGGUCUAUACCGGGGAUGAGACUGGCCGAGUGUAUGAAUGGAACUGCAUCCAGCGUCGCUGA